UGCGCCGCUGUCAGCAGCCGGUAGUUGCCCGUCAGCUCGGCCAGCGGAUUGGUGGCGGCGGCGCGGUGGGCGGAGCGAGGCAGCCGGACUCGGGGCCCCUACGCGGCGGCGGCCCCUCAGGAGCCCGGUGGGAUGGGGCAGCGGUUGCGCCUCGGGCUGGUGCUGUGUCUUGCGGCGCUCUGGGCCGGAGGGCUGGCCGCAGCCGAUGAAGAAGGAAAUCAAGAUGAAUCACUGGAGCCAAAGACUUUAUCUGCAGAGGACCAGGUAAAGGACCAUUCCACAGGAACUCGAGUGGUAGCAGGUCAGAUCUUCCUUGAAUCGGGAAAAUCGGACUCUCAAGCAGAUGAUGAAAACUUUCACAGUCAUGAAGAGGAAAAAGAGAAUUCACUGGAAGAGCUGAACUCUCUAGAAAUGUCAAAUCUAUUAGAUAAGGAUUUGGAAGAAGCAGAAAUACAGAGACCAGCUUUGACAGCUAUUGGAGGCACUGCAGAUGGUGAACCUUGCCACUUCCCCUUUUUGUUUAUGGAGAAGGAGUAUGCAGAGUGCACUGUAGAUGGGAGGGAAGAUGGCAGGCUUUGGUGUGCAACAACGUAUGAUUACAAGAAAGAUCAGAAGUGGGGCUUCUGUGAAACUGAAGAGCAGUCUAAUAAGAGAAGGCAGAUGCAAGAAGCUGAAGAUGUUUAUCAAACUGGAAUGAAAAUCCUUAAUGAAAGCAGUAAAAAGGCUCAGAAGAAAGAAGCUUACCAGUAUCUUCUGAAAGCAGCCGACAUGAAUCAUACCAAGGCAAUGGAGAAAGUCUCUUAUGCUUUGUUGUUUGGCGAUUACCUGAAACAGAACAUACAGUCAUCAAAAGAACUGUUUGAAAAACUAACAGAAGAAGGUUCUCCUAAAGGACAGAUGGCACUUGGAUUUCUCUAUGCAUCUGGUCUAGGAGUCAAUUCUAGUCAAGCUAAGGCCCUGGUGUAUUACACUUUUGGAGCUUUAGGAGGAAAUCUGAUUGCCCAUAUGAUCUUGGGUUACCGUUACUGGGCUGGGAUAGGAGUCCUCCAGAGUUGUGAAUCUGCUCUCACUCACUACCGACUUGUUGCGAAUCAUGUUGCCAGUGACAUUUCUUUGACUGGUGGCACAGUGGUUCAGCGAAUUCGCUUAGCAGAUGAAGUGGAAAAUCCAGGAAUGGCAAGUGGGAUGCUUGAAGAAGACUUGAUUCAGUAUUAUCAGUUUUUAGCAGAGAAAGGAGAUGUACAAGCACAGGUUGGCCUUGGACAAUUGCACUUGCAUGGAGGAAGAGGAGUAGAGCAAAAUCAUCAGCGAGCAUUUGAAUACUUCAAUCAAGCAGCUAAUGCUGGCAAUUCACAUGCCAUGGCCUUUCUAGGAAAGAUGUACUCAGAAGGAAGUGAUGUUGUCCCUCAGAGCAAUGAAACAGCUCUUCAGUAUUUCAAGAAAGCUGCUGAUAUGGGUAAUCCAGUGGGACAGAGUGGAUUAGGAAUGGCUUACCUCUAUGGAAGAGGUGUUCCAGUGAACUAUGAGCUAGCACUGAAGUACUUCCAGAAGGCUGCAGAACAGGGAUGGGUCGAUGGACAACUUCAACUUGGUUCCAUGUAUUACAAUGGCAUUGGAGUCAAGAGAGACUAUAAACAAGCUUUGAAGUAUUUUAACUUAGCCUCCCAGGGUGGCCACAUUUUGGCUUUUUAUAAUCUGGCUCAGAUGCAUGCUACUGGCACUGGAGUGAUGCGGUCCUGUCACACUGCUGUUGAGUUAUUUAAGAACGUAUGUGAACGGGGGCGUUGGUCUGAAAGACUGAUGACUGCCUAUAACAGCUAUAAAGAUGGUGAUUCGAAUUCUGCUGUGGUGCAGUAUCUUCUCCUGGCAGAACAAGGCUAUGAAGUGGCACAAAGCAAUGCUGCUUUCAUACUUGAUCAGAAAGAAGCUAGCAUUGUAGGAGAAAAUGAAACCUACCCUCGAGCUUUGCUUCACUGGAACAGAGCAGCUUCUCAAGGAUACACUGUUGCAAGAAUUAAACUUGGAGAUUACCAUUUCUAUGGGUUUGGUACUGAUGUUGAUUAUGAAACUGCAUUUAUUCACUACCGACUUGCAUCAGAGCAACAGCACAGUGCCCAAGCAAUGUUUAACCUGGGCUACAUGCAUGAGAAAGGACUGGGCAUCAAGCAGGAUAUUCAUCUUGCAAAACGAUUCUAUGACAUGGCAGCUGAAGCAAGCCCAGAUGCUCAAGUUCCAGUUUUCCUAGCACUUUGCAAGCUUGGAGUCAUUUAUUCCUUGCAGUAUGUACGAGAAAUCAAUAUAAGGGAGAUAUUCUCACAUAUUGAUAUGGACCAGCUACUGGGGCCUGAGUGGGACCUUUACCUUAUGACCAUCAUCGCCUUGCUGCUGGGAACAAUUAUAGCUUACAGACAAAGGCAACAUCAGGCAAUUCCCAGACCAGCAGGACUGCGGCCAGCUGUGCCUCAACAAGAACCACCACCAGAGCAUCAACCACCACAAUAGCAACAAGAGCCUCGUUGAAAGAACUGAUUUUUUUUCCUAAAGGAACAAUUUUCAUUAUGAUUUAGGACUCUGGAUCAAUGGUCCCUCCCCCAAAAGAGGCGCAUAAAGGUUGAAAAAAAAAAAAGUUUGAAAGCUGCUUAGAAUGAUGCCUUUUUUUCAGGGAUAAGAAAAUUCUUUUGAAACUGAUUUGAAUGUUAUUUCAGUGCCAAUGGAAUAACACUGGCUUUUUUUUCAUGGAAACACAACAGUGCUACUACAAAAAUGUUGCCUGCUGUACCUAAUUCUUCUCUAUUCAGAGUCCUUUUCAUCUCUUAUCAGAAGGCUAGCAUUGGAAGGUUUUUGCCUGCUUGAUAGUAGUUGCCCUAUAUAAAAAUGAUAACAACGACUUUAUGGCCAAUUUAAGUCCAGAAGCUGAACUAUAUUCAAACUCUAAAAAGACUAGAGCUACAUGAACUUACAUUCUGAUCUGCAUCCUAAGUAUUUCUACAGUCCUUAUAAUUUGUUAGUGUUUCUUACACUUCAGUCUUUUCUCCUGUCUUAGAUGGUUUAACAUGGAUCAUUUAUAAAAUCUGUAAAACUAAGACAGCAACAUGCCCCUCUCAAUUUGUGCUUCUUUGACUAUUUUCUUCCAUUCCCCUUAGACUAGAUGUUUCUCAGCAGACAGGAUGUAGCCCAGGAGGUGAGGCAGACUGGGACAGACUUGAGUCUGUACAGCUCAUCAGUUGAAAACUAUCCACACAGUGCACAGAUAUAUCCCUCUAAAACUUUGUUGGAGCCUGUUUACUCUGCAACACUUUGUGAUGUUAAAACAAAAAGAUUGUGUUCCAAAGUUACUUAAACUUAACUUUUACAAAGAAGCUGGACUGCAGUAACCACCAGUAUUACUAUGGACACUGAAGAAAGAACAGAGACAGAAAUUUCAGUGAGUUAGCUUGUUUGCUUUAGAGGUGUAAGUUCUGUUCUUGAUUUUCAACAAUCCAGUAACUGAUCUGCACUUGAAGAAGGAAACCUGUGAUAUCUCAUGCACCUGUUUAAUACAUCUAUAAAAAAGGGCCCCCACAAUGCAUAUCCCAUACAAAAGGGCGUGGGCUUAUGCUAGUGAUGCUGCUUCAAGAUUUGUCUGACUGAUUAAAAAUCUCACAGGUUACAGCAGUACUCUGAUAGUUGCCAAUCUCUUGUACCUGGCGUACACAAGACAGUCAUAGUAACAUCUCUGGCUGUGCCAUCUUGAGGAUGGUAACAACAUGCUGGUAACAACAAAACCCAAAGAGAAAGAAGACGAAUGGAUUAUGGCUUGUCGCCACCAGGUCAGUACAAAAGCCUUUUAAUGAGUGUGGACUGAUGUUUUUAGACUGCAAGAGGAAUCUUCUUUUAGUAAUGAUUUUCAUUCAACUAUGAUUUCAGGAUUUUCAGAAGAGAAGCAACAAGGUAGUGAUUUAGAGGCAAGAUAAGUUUCUGUUCUUAUUUACCAGUGGCAAUUAAAUAUUUGUUUCUGUACUAGCAUUAAACCCUUCGAAUAUACUGUCUUAAAGCUGAAUGAAAUACGAAUGAGGAGGCUUUAGCUAAUUUCUGGCAAAAGCUGUUGUGUUUAAAGGGUUAAGAGCUUCUUUCAUGCAAAACCUUUUUCUAGUGGAUUGGCAGCAACAUAUCAACAUGCUGAAUUGAGCCUCUUGGUAUGGUUUCAUACUUAGUAUAUUUGUAAAGAGAUUUGCACAGUGUAUCUGGUUUGGGAAAGAAGAUAAGCAAUCCACUCUUGUAAACUGAAAUGUCAUGGAUGACUGGUAUUAAAAUAUAGGUAGAACUCAGUGCUUUAAAAUGCUUGUGCUGGUUAUGUGAAGACAAUUCUUUCAUUUCAGUUUGGAGAAUUGCAGCAUGUGAUAAAGGAGUGUUUUGUUCAAUCUUAAUCAUUGUUAGCAGAUGGAACAGUAUUGGACUUAAGAAAUGUAGAGUCUAAAAUGUACAGCACUCCCCAGCUGCAUUUCUAAGGUAUCUGUGACUUUGCAACACUCCCUCUGGAGUAUUUUUGCCUCUGUCACUUAAUAGCUCUUUUUAGCUUGGCAUGAAUAAAUUCAAGAUUGUUGAAAAUGUUUUUCAGUUAAAAUACCAUAGUUCAUUGGUAUUGGUCUUUUAGGAUGUUUAACAGUUUUGUUACUGCAUUAUUAAAAUGUUUUAAUUGUUUGAUCUAUUAGAACUAAAUUCUAAAAGCUCUAUCCUGUUUGCAUGAGAAUCUCUCAGCAUUGCUGCUAUGUGACCAUCUUAUAGCUGACUUUCUCUGAACCUGAUGCAUUUUUAUACCCCAAAAAAUCAGAACAAAGCAACUGAAGAUCAGCAAGUUAUUCCACUUUAAAGAACUGCUUUUUGAAGAAGCAAUAAGGAAAUCUUUCUCCUGCUUUCUUCCCUUCCACCAAAUUGCUGCCACUAAUUUUUUUUCAGAUGGCAUUCAUUUGAAUAAAGUGGUAGUCAUAAAAAGGAACUUACCAUAAAUGAUAACAAGUUAACUCAGGGAUGAAAAAAAUUAGUAGGUUUUCUAAAUCAGUUGUCUACAACACAACUUAAGUUUUUGACAAUCCCUUCCUACUUUGUUCUGAAAUGUGUUUUGAGGGAAGUAUACUUAACUCUUACUAGCAAUAUGUUUCUUGUUCUGCACUCAGUUCGUCAAGCAGAUUUUCUUUCCCGAAGGAGCUGAGUUGCUCACUUUACUGCAGUGAGGUACUGUUGUCUUUUGGUAGCACACUCAUUGUCUUGCAGUUUAUAUGCAGGAGUAUUUUGAAAUUUGAUUUAAGAGAAGCCUUUAUAGGUAUUUUCAGUAUGCUUUGAAUGGAAAACUUGUAUUAAUUGGUGGUGGUGAUGUAGAGCAGAGCCUGCCUAUUUGACCUUUUCAGGCACAUGCUCUUUUCUCCCUGCAUGGAGAGUAGUGAAACUACAGAGCAGUAAUUCUUGUCAGUGGGAGUUUUAUAUGUAGGAAAACUGUGGAAAGGUAUGGGGGGAAAACAUUGUUCUGCAUCUCAAAUUAUUAAUCAAACACACUAGCUGUUCUUGCUGGUUGAAACAAUGAACUGUUGAGAAACAAGAUUCUAGUUCAUCAUUCCAAAACUUUUUCCAGAGCUGUCUUUUGAAAGUUUUUCUUUGCUUGAUACUGUCCCCUGUGGGACAAUGUAUAAGAGGAUAAAGCCUUUGGUACAAACAUCCCAAUGAACCUCUUGUGACACAGUUUUACUCAUUCUUCUUUUCAGUUAUCUUCCAUAAGUUAGCUGCUCUUGUCAGAGUAAACAAAACCAAAACACUAUCAAAUGUUAUUCUUUUGGGAGAACAUUAAAACCUUGGUUGUGAAAGGACUUUUAAGACUAUGCAUUAUUUAGUUUCCACCUAUUGUAUGCUACAUUUGGCCUGUGAAAGGAGAGCACACCUUUUCAAGUUGCUUCCAUUUUAGAUAGGCAACAAUGAACUGAAUUCUAUUUUUGUUUCAGAGACUUAAACUAAAAACUUAGUUUGAACUACUGCAAAUGCAUAUGGCAUAUAGGGACUGUUGGGGAAACUCUUUGUUUUUAUCAGCUGCAGUUCUUUAAAGGGUCUCGUAGGAGUUUUGUAAAUUUAUUUUGUAUUUAAAAUCAGUAUAAAGGUUGGUCAAAUGUAAUAUAAUUGUGUAAACAAAUUCUGUUAAUAGAAAGAUGUACAGAUUCAUUUUGUACUGUAUCUUUAAUCUUGUGAAAUAAAGAUACCACCUGUGUGGUUACUCUCAGUGUUCACAA